UAUUAUAAAAUAUGGCGCUUUUUUAAAACAGGAAAUAGCUUUCGCAAAGGCAGCAGAUAUGGUUUUGGUAAUACUCUUGAUCAUUUUAGUAUAUAUAACAGAAACAUAUAGUUGUAAUAUUAACGUCUGUCUUACUUGGAGUGCGAUGAAAGACGAAAUUACCUUCAGAUGCAGAGUAAAUGCAUUGUCAUGGCAGGUCAAGUUUUUUAACCAGUUCCACAAAGAGCAAGCAUAUUGUAUGAGUCCAAUACCAUUUCCUCAUUGUUAUUCCUUAAGUACAAAUUGCACCAUCACCCAAGACGCUCUACAUAACAUCACAAUGCUCACCGUAAGAGGGCGAAUCGAUAAGAGAUUAAAUGGCGGAUGGACAUGUUAUCAUGGAACAAACAUUGAUAAUGCAAUUGUAAAUGUCACCGUAUUGCGGGAAGCUAUUCCAACAGUCAAACAUGACUAUUGUUCCUGGGAAAAGAAUACAGCAUGGACAUUUUUUGGAGUUAUCAUAGCCUUUGUGGUCUUCCAAAUAAUUAAUUGUUUUCAUAAAGCAAAAUGUGCCAAGAGGGUGCGUAAACCAAUUGAUCAGUGCAUCGACAUUGUUGAGUCACUAGGCCAACAAGUAGAAGUUAAAUGCAAAGCCAAUUUUCCUUGCACAAAUAACAGCUGUUUAUUAGUUUUUAAACUUGUUAUGUUAUGUAUGCUGACAAUUGUUUUGAUUUCUUUACCACCGUUAAUUGGGAUAAGAGAAGUUGACUGUUCAGGAUACUAUGCCUUUAUUGCUUUAGGCAUCAUGCUGGGAUUUCUAGUAGCUUAUCUACUUGCAACAUCAAAAGGUCUCAAAUGCUGUCAAAAAGACAACAACGAGGCAUCACCAUGUGAAUCAAACGAGUCAAUGCUCACUGAAGUUGAGCCAAAUAUGGCUAUUGAAUCACAACAGGACAGACAAAUAGACAUUUAAAACCCAACAGGAUAUCAUAUCAGACGUUGAACAUGUUAAAUGACAACUCGAAAGUGCAAAUGAAGAAGAAACCAUCCCUCUGAAAAUAUAGGAAAUGUGAAAUAUUUGACUUCUAGACACGGAAUUGAAGAAAUAGUAUCCAAUGUAGACAUGUCAUGACUUGAUUUGUUUAUAUGAAAGUAUUUAAAGAAAGUAUGGGUAUUAUUUAAAGCGACAAAAUUUAAUGUUUAAAUGACAAUGUAUCAUGAUAAUAUUAAAGAACAGACUUACAAUUUUG